AUGUUUUUCACAACUUGUCAUCCGCAAACUGAUGGUCAAACUGAAGUUGUUAAUCGAACCUUGUCUGCUCUGCUUAGAUCUUUGGUUAAAAAGAAUCUUAGGCUUUGGGAAGAAUGCUUACCACAGGUUGAGUUUGCUUACAAUCAUGCAAUGCAUUCUGCUACAAAGUUUUCUCCUUUUGAAGUUGUUUAUGGGUUUAAUCCUUUGUGCCCACUUGAUCUUUUACCUUUGCCUUUGAGUGAAAGAGAUAGUACAGAUGGCAAGAGGAAGGCGGCCACUAUCAAAAAGCUACAUGAACAGGUUCGUGCAAACAUUGAGGCCAAGACCGAGAUCUAUAAAAGAUAUGCCAAUCAGAAAAGAAAGGAGGUUAUUUUCAAAGAAGGUGAUCUUGUUUGGGUUCACUUGAGAAAGGAGCGAUUUCCGGAAGAAAGAAAGUCUAAACUUAUGCCUCGGGUCGAUGGUCCAUUCCAGAUCCUUAAGAAGAUCAAUGAAAAUGCUUAUCAGCUUGAUCUUCAAGGAGGGAAUGAUGUGCCCCAGUCCGACGAUCAGUCCAUGGAAUCAGAUCAGAACGAGGAUCAGAACGUCCGAAACAACGCAACUGAGGUUCAGUCCAUCGAUCGGGCCGAACAGACUGCUCGGGCCGUGUAUCGUCUCGACCCGCACUCGUCCGAGUUGGAGCUUCAGCAUAGCCCGCGACCAGAUGGCCAAAUCAACCGUACUGAAGUUCGUCUUUCCCGUCCUGUUCAUCAUGCUAAGUCCAUCGGUCAAGUCAGAAGUGUAGUUGAUCAAGUGGAAUCCAAAUCCGACCAUGGUCUCUCUCUCUUAAGCCAUCUCGGCCGAACCGGGGAUCGUUCUGAUGAACUGAUCCGACACUUCGAUCAGUUCAUGAACUUUGAUCAGCCAAAUCUGUCUAAGAACAUUCUUGUUCCCUUGGAAAGGCUAUCUCCAAGUGAAUCCCCUUUCUUUGAGCCGGACUUGUUUGUCAAAUCAAGCGGCCAUUGA